GUGUGUAUUUUACCCUUUAAUACCUUUUUUCUUCAUUGAUUUAGCUUUGUUUGAUUCAUUGAUUCACAAAUUUGAUUCCUUCCCAUGAAAUUUCACAAAUGGUCCCUAAUUGUGGACGGGAAGUGUUGAUGGCGACCAAAAUAUUAGUGACGAUUUAGUCAAUUUUCCCAAUCUUUGAGAUUUUCCAGAGUCCAAAAAACAACAACGACAAUAACGACAACAAUUCUACACAAGCCUUUUUUAGACAUCGUGUUGAGUGACAAGAGAAAAGGUGUAGCGAUAAGCUAAAAUGGAUUCGAUUACAACAACGCCUGUUCCUGCUUCAGACAUUCCAAUUCAACAAGGUAACAAUCGGACAAUGUCUCGUAGGCUUUCUGCUCGUUUUCCUUCAUCCAAGGAUGCCACGUACCCGGAUGACAUAGUAAACGAAUUCGGCCAAUCGCCAUUAUCUGGAUCGAGAAGAGGGAUGGAUCCAGGCACCAGAAGCAGAACAUUGAAUAGAAAUUCAAGUCGAGCUCAGAGAGGAAGCGCGAGUGCAAGGUUUGACCCGUCAAUGUCAAUGAGAGGAUCAAAUGUUGAAAAUGAUGACGAGUAUGAGGAGGAGAGUGCGGAAGAAGGGGAGGAAACAUCGAAAGAAGGAGAGGAGCCAGUGAGAAUGUCGUUGAUGGCGUUGUUAGCAGAGUCUGAGGGAUCGUCGUAUAUGAUGGGAGAGGACGAGGACGAGGAUGAGGAUGACGGUGGUGGUGACGUCGGAGGUGGAGAAAAUAAUAGUUGUUGUGUUUGCAUGGUUAGACAUAAGGGUGCAGCAUUUGUACCUUGUGGACAUUCAUUUUGCAGGUUAUGUUCAAGGGAACUUUGGGUUGAAGGAGGUAAUUGCCCACUUUGCAACAAUUUCAUAUUGGAAAUUCUAGACAUUUUCUGAUUAAGUCAUCAAAUAUUGAUCCAAUUUUUACAUAUUCACAAUUACUCUGCAAAUUUUGUCAAUUUAGAUUCAUGUUGUUAUUUCUUUUUCUUCUCUUUUUCUUGUUUUUUGCAUUUUCCUCUUAUUUUUCUGAGAGUGUAUCUAGUAGCACUUGAAAUGUCCAUUGUGAUUGCAUUUUCUCCUUUUGUAUAUUAACUCAAUUUGCUUGUCUUGUAUGAAAACUUAUAUUGAGCACCAAUACA